UAAAGGGUCUUGGUGUAGAUUCACAAGUGACUCACAAUACUCAUCUAUGAUCUAAGGUUCCUGCAACAAUGCUGUCUGCACUUAACAGAGCUCUUACUCAAGUUUGGCUCAGAACUCCCACCUCUCAAAAUGGCGCGGUCCGCAGUCUGGCUACGGUCGGCGCUACCCAGCGGCUCCCGCCGCCGCCGCCGCCCGCGGUGAGCGCGCUCUGCCGGCUGCUGCCGCUGCGCGCGCCGCUGACCCCGCCUGUGGCGCCGCUGGCGCUCCGUCUGCCGCCGCUGGCGCCCUCCGUGCGGCCGCUGCCGCCGCCGCCCCUGCCCGAGCCCGCGCAGCCGCCGGCGCCCAGCGGCGACCGCGGCCGCAGGCAGGCGGCACGACUCGUGGUCAUCCGCAGGCGCAAGAUGCGGAAACACAAGCUGAAGAAGCUGAGGAAAAGGAUGCGCUACGUCUGGGCCAAAGUGAAACUGCGAAGGUCCAUCCGACGCGAGAAGGCGUUCCAAGCCGAGCAGAUGGCCAUGAUCGCGGACGCACGGCGCUUCGAUCCCCGCCAGUACAUGGACGAAAUCAUAGAGAAGAGCUCCACACUACCGAUGGCCACGAAACGGCACGGCAAGCGGCUGCCCUAUUUCAUCCGGCUGGAGAUGGAGAAGGAUAAUCUGAUUAAGCCACCCAAGUAACGGUUUGUGCGGGAUAGUGGGGCGGGGUCGUGUGAAUUGUGAAAUAUGAACUGUGUUUGCUUGUU